GACACGAGCAUGAUCAAGAAGGAGCGCACAGCAUCAGCAGCGGGACACUCAGCCUCUGUCAGCCCGACACUCUUAAGUCCAGUCUGUACCGGGAGAGAGAGAGAGAGAGAGAGAGAGAGAGAGAGGUUUCAUUCAGACAAGUGAUUUAUAGACAGAGACAAAGAGAGGAAACUGAAAAGUGAGCGUGGACACGAGCGAAUCUGAGAAGUUAGGCUCCAAGUGCAGUCUUUUCUCUCUCUCUCUCUCUCUCUCUCUCUCUCUCGACACGGUGAUGGUGCGGGCUGUGCUCUCCGGACGGUGCCUGCGGUGAUGGGUCGGGUCGGGGGAUGAGCAUCGGGCGGUGUGGGGUGCCAGGGGCGCAAGAGGAGCUCUGGGCGCUCAGGCCACAUGGUGAGAUAGGGCUAGGACUGCCUCAUGUGUUGGGCCUCCUCUGAAUUCUGGUCCCCACCGCCCGCCAUCCCCCCAGCAUCAGUGGGAUGUCCCAGGUGUGCCUCCCCUUGGCCUUGCUCAUGCUCUGCAGCUGCACAAAGGUUUCCUCAACUAACUCCCUAGAGCUUGUGAAGGAGAAGUGGAGCAGCUACAGUAACCAGUGCCUGGACUACCUCAACACCACGCCCCCUGCCACAGGGCUGGUGUGUAACAGGACCUUUGACCUGUACGCCUGCUGGCCUGAUGGACUUCCAGGAACCACUGUCAAUGUCUCCUGCCCAUGGUUCCUGCCAUGGUACCGUAAAGUUCAGCAGGGUCUGGUCUACAGAGUCUGCAGAGAAGAUGGUCAGUGGUCAAAAAAGAACACCAGCGAAUGUGAGGACGACCCCGAUGAGCAGCAGUAUGGACGCAUCCUCAGUCAGUUGCGGAUCAUGUACACCGUGGGCUACUCCCUCUCCCUGGGAGCUCUGCUCCUGGCACUGGGAAUCCUCAUCACCUUCAGGAGGCUCCACUGCAUGAGGAACAACAUCCACAUGAACCUGUUCGCCUCCUUCAUCCUGAGAGCGGUGUCCAUCCUGGUGAAAGACGCCCUGCUCACCAUCACCCUGGACCCCAGGAGCAACAGCGACACGCGGACACACGCCUGGGCUGUGAUGUGGUGUCGUGGUGCCAUGGUGAUGAUGCAGUACAGCGUGAUGGCCAACAACUAUUGGCUGCUGGUGGAAGGAAUAUAUCUGCAUAGCCUGCUAGUCAUCACCGUGUUUAGCGAGAGGAAGUACUUCUUCAGUUAUCUGGCCAUUGGCUGGGGUGCACCACUUAUCUUCGUGUUGCCGUGGAUCACAGUGAAACAUCUGUAUGAGAACGAGGAGUGCUGGGAGAGGAAUAUUAACAUGGGAUAUUGGUGGAUCAUCCGGUCUCCUAUACUGUUUGCUUAUCUGAUUAACUUCUUCAUAUUCAUCCGAAUUAUAAAAAUCCUGAUGUCUAAACUCAGAGCUCAUCAGAUGAGAUACACUGACUACAAGUUCAGACUGGCAAAGUCCACUCUGACCCUUAUCCCCCUGCUGGGGAUUCACGCCAUCCUCUUCACCUUCGUCAUCGACGAGUCCGUUCCUAAAGGCUCCAUGCUGCGUCUCAUUCGCCUCUUCUGUGACCUCCUGUUUAACUCCUUCCAGGGCCUGCUGGUCGCCAUCCUCUACUGCUUCGUCAACAAAGAGGUGCAGUCAGAGAUGCUGAAAAAGUGGAAGAGGUGGAAGCUGGGCAAGGACAUUGACGAGGAGUACCGCCACACCCACAGCCAGACGCCGCACGUCAAAAGUGGCAGCCUCGCCGCCGGCAAUCUGACUGAUGACCCCAGCGGUGACUCACCUCGCCUCAACAAAACGGACCGAGGCCUGUCGUGCUCCGUCGCACCGGACGAGAACCGCCGACUGGUCCCCUCCUACAGCAACGGGACCGGGAAGAGCCGGCCCGCCAAGGCCAGAGGCUCCCUGCGGUUCUCUUUCCUGCCACAGCGAGGCCCCUCCAGCCAUGCCAGCACAACCACAGAGCACGUGUGUCUUGAGGAGAGGGGACAGUGCCGCGUAUACCCUCUGAAAGGAGAGGACACUAAUGUCUGAGGAUAAGCCUGCUCUGAGCCCACUGUCACGGACACUCACACUGAUUGCGCUUAUCGGCGUUUCAGAUCAGUGUUUAUCAUGGGCCAACAAGACAGCCUGAGAGGGAAUGAGGAGAAUGAGGACUGAGGAGAAUGCUCAGCCCUGCAUAACAUUGCAGGGAAUACAGUUUCCACCUGCAUAGUUGCAAAUGAAUAUGUAUUGGUUUAAGGACCUUGAGCAAAAAAAGAGGAGCACUCAAUGAUUUCAAACAUCAGUAAUGACUGAGCUCCGUGUGGGUGUGUGCAUGAUGUCAUGUCAACCCUUUGACUCCGACCCAGCGCACAUCCUUCCAUGUGUGCUGCUGGUGCCAUUGUGAGUCAAGCUUGUGUUGUGCGUCUGUUUGCAGCAAUGGACGCUCGUUCUCCUACAAAUUUUUUGUUUUUAUUUUGCGAAUUUUAUGAAUGUGGACUCCAGCGUGACUCUUGACAUCGUGAUACGGACACGAGAGAGUGGGGACCACGCACUGCUAUCACACAGUGUUUGCCACACUCAGGCAGCCUCACAGAUGAUGGAUGCUUCCAUCUUCAAGACUGUCGAAGGAUUUUUAAGUUAUUGUGGUUUAAACCAAACAAGAAAAUAAUAAACUCCUUUUGUGCAUUUUACAUCAGUUGAGUGAAAGGGUUAUAUCCCUUUUUUCCUCUCUUUUUUUCUGUGCAAAUGCUACACGUCUCUUUUAAACAGGUUUUCCUGUCUGAAUGUAUAUGAACAAUGGAGACAUAUGUAACACUGAAACAAAGUUUAACUGUAUAAAUGUAAGAAGAAAUACACACGUCCACAGUUACCGAGCGAUGAAACUUGAUCUUAAAUCUUAAUUUGCCUUCGCACAGCCUCGCAAAGUUGGCCCAGAUCAUCAUCACCAUCAUCAUCACCAUCAUCAUCAUCAUCAUCAUUAUCAUCGUCAUCAUGUGGCUCCAGUCAUUGUCCCUACAGCAGCACAUUCAUUCAGUUACCCAGUAUUUCUUUGAAAGAAUCAAGCAAAGGCAGAAAAUUACAUUUUCUUUUGCACAGAAUACAACAUGUACAGUUGAGAGAAGCUCUUUUAUAUGGCAGGGAGGUUUUUAAAUUGAAGGUGUUACAUUUCAUACACAUAAUGUGAAUAGUUUGUGUUGUUAAGAGCAUCACAUUGCCAAUGGAGAACCAGAUCUUUUUUUUUAGGUCAGGGCUUGUUUUUCAUGACACAAAAUGUGCCUCACAGAACCACUUUUAUUACUUUGGCUUAUAUUCAGUUUAGACAUUUGCUGGAUAUAACUUUCAAUAGAUCUCAGUCAUAACGGAGCCAACAAAGAUUUUCACAAGGACAUUCCUAAUGAAGUUCUGGAUCAAGGAUGGAAAACAAAUAUUGUUUGAAGGGCAGUGCACUGUAUAAUGUAAAUAAUGAUAAAGGUGAAUAUUAUAAAGACAAAGACGGUGUAAGGGUGGAGGGAUGUGUUGUCGUUGUGUUUUUGCUUGCCAGGUGACUCAGAAAUGGAAAACGAACAUGACUAAAUUUGUGUUUUUGCA